AUGGAGGACUUGGCCCAGGCUUUCGAACGCGUCAGCCUUGCGGCCGACUCUGCCGCAGGGAGCAAUACUGACUGGAUCGACUCGAUCCUCGAGGUGCAACGACCUCGCAAACGGACACGGCGAACCAGAGAUGAGCUUAAGCAGGAGCUUGAGAAAGAGUUUCUCACCCCUUCGUCUGCGUUCAACACUCAAUGGCUCAAUGAACUUCAGCAAAGAUGGGAAGCGCCUAUCAAUUAUGCCGACCUAUUCGAGCUGGCUCCCACGCAGACGCGCACCAUCAUCCGUUUCACUCGCGAGGGCUUGGAAGGCCUUGUGACGGGCUACAAAGAGAUUACGGUUCCUGCAAAUAGCGCCACUGCAAAAAAUUCGACGUCACUCCUUAGGAAACCCGCCAACAGGGCCGACUUCGUACGCGGUGCUGCCGGCUUCUUCCCUUUCGCGCCCGGCGGUCUGGAUGGCGUAGAGGCCGUGGCGGCGGCGGAAGAUGGGGUUUUACAGGCCCAGCAAGCAGAAAAAACGAGGAAGCAUGGCGGGCUGGACCGCGUCCUAAAUUUCGGCGUCGAAGGGGGCCUUCUCGAAAUCCCGCCUGGGUUCGCUCGAGGCUUGGAUUUCAAGAAGAAAGCCAGCACCGAUCAGCAGAAUGCAGAGGAUGUUGAAAUUGCCUUGGGAGAAGAGCCUGCCCCGGUUGAAUCAGUAGAUGGCAUUCCCUCAGAAGACACCGACGGUGUCCAGCCGUCCGCGGGCGACUCUGGCGACGAGGAGAGUGAGAAUGAUGAUGACAUUGACUCCCUUCUGCCUGUUGAAUUCCCGGCGCUCGCCCCGCGUGGAAACCUUACACUCGCAAGCACUAGGAGGGCCGCCAAGGAGUGGGCCCAUAUGGUUGAUGUCAACCGAGACAUUCCUAACUUUAGGGAUCUUGUGCCGGACAUGGCACGAGAAUGGCCAUUCGAGUUGGAUACUUUCCAGAAGGAAGCUGUGUAUCAUCUUGAGAACGGGGACUCGGUCUUUGUUGCAGCUCACACUUCGGCUGGCAAGACGGUCGUGGCCGAGUAUGCCAUCGCACUCGCAGCUAAGCACAUGACCAAGGCAAUUUACACGUCUCCGAUCAAGGCUCUCAGCAACCAGAAAUUCAGAGACUUCAGGAAUGAGUUUGAUGACGUUGGGAUUCUUACAGGAGACGUCCAGAUCCGCCCUGAGGCCAGCUGUUUGAUCAUGACGACCGAGAUUCUUCGAAGCAUGCUAUAUCGAGGAGCAGACCUUAUUCGAGAUGUCGAAUUCGUCAUCUUCGAUGAGGUGCACUACGUCAACGACCUCGAGCGUGGAGUUGUGUGGGAAGAAGUCAUCAUCAUGCUCCCAGAGCAUGUUACUCUCAUUCUUCUUUCUGCGACAGUCCCGAACACGUAUGAAUUUGCGUCCUGGGUGGGCAGAACCAAGAAGAAGAACAUCUACGUUAUCUCGACACCGAAACGUCCCGUUCCGCUCGAGCACUACUUGUGGUCGAACAAAGUCAUGCACAAGAUUGUGGACGCGGAUAAACACUUCAUUGAGAAAGGUUGGAAAGAUGCAAACGACAUCCUUUCGGGCAAGGACAAGGUUAAGGCAACUAAGCUUGAGGAGUCUAAUGCCUCGCGGGGUGGGGCCAACCAAAGAGGUGGGCGUGGGCAAGACCAGCGCGGCGGCAGGGGCGGCGGCAGGGGCGGCGCUCAACAGAGAGGAGGCGCCCAACAGCGCGGGAGAGGAGGCGCACCGGCACAACGCGGGCGGGGUAACAUUGCUCGUACAGGCCGUGGCGGCGGAAGGACGACUGCUGCGCAGGACAGAAACAUCUGGGUCCAUCUCGUCCAGCACUUGCGCAAAGAAAACCUGCUACCAGCUUGUAUCUUCGUCUUCUCGAAGAAACGUUGCGAGGAGAACGCCGAUGCGCUUGCAAACUUGGACUUCUGUACCGCUUCGGAAAAAAGCGCCAUACACAUGGUUAUCGAGAAGUCAAUUGCCCGCCUUAAACCGGAAGAUAGAGUACUCCCUCAAAUUAGGAGGCUCCGCGAGUUGCUGAGUCGAGGAAUCGCUGUCCACCAUGGAGGCAUGCUACCCAUUGUCAAGGAAGUGGUAGAGAUACUCUUUGCGAAGACACUGGUCAAGAUCUUGUUCGCAACCGAAACCUUUGCUAUGGGUCUCAACCUUCCCACCAGAACUGUGGUUUUCUCCGGCUUCCGGAAACACGAUGGCCGCCAAUUCCGAGAUCUUUUGCCUGGAGAGUAUACUCAGAUGGCCGGACGAGCUGGUCGUAGAGGACUCGAUGCCGUUGGCUCUGUCAUCAUUGUUGCACCAGGUGCUGAAGAAGCGCCCCCAGCUGCCCGCCUGCGACAGAUGAUCCUUGGCGAUCCGACAAAGCUUCGCUCACAAUUUAGGCUUACAUACAACAUGAUACUGAACCUCCUAAGAGUAGAAGCACUGAAGAUCGAAGAGAUGAUCAAGCGCAGUUUCAGCGAGAACGCCACACAAGCCCUGCUUCCCGAACACGAGAAGGCUGUCAAGCUGUCUGAAGCAGAUCUUGAAAAGAUCAAGCGAGAGCCAUGUGAGAUUUGCGACGUUGAUCUCGAGCUUUGUCACGAAGCUUCCAUGAAAUAUCAGCGUUUGACCAAUGAGCUUCACCUCGCGCUCCUUGCCACCCCUGUUGGAAAACGCUUGUUCGACAUCAGGCGUCUGGUAAUCUACAAGAAGGACGGCAUUCGCGCCGCUGGCAUGCUGCUGAGAGAUGGCAUCAGCAAAGGCCAUGAGCCAACGGUGCAGAUACUCGAGAUCAGCACCAACGCGAAGCGUCAGCCAAGUGACCUGCUGCCUUACCUCUCAGGGUUUACGAAGUUUUUCGCAUCAUUGCCGCGCAAUGCAUCGGACACGAAAUUGAAGGCAGCAUCGAUCCUUCUGAGCGACGUAGAGAGCAUCACAGCAGCACACAUCAAGAUUGACAUUGCCGACGUACUGAAGGGUGAUUCCGAGGCACUCAAGCUAGCAAGCGACCAGUUCCAACCUCUAUGCGAGUCAUGGGCCUCCCAAGACUGGAACGAAGUAGACCUGUCGAAAUUCAUCAAGGACAUGACGUAUAGAGGCCUUCUCGAUGAACGCAACAAGCAGGCUGAGCUUGCUCAGGCACGGACGUGCCUGAAGUGCCCUAGAUUCGUCCAGCACUUUGCCAUGGCGCAUGAUGAGUGGCUUAUCAAGGAGAACAUUGCGCAACUGCGUCAGCUUAUGUCAGAUCAAAACUUGCAGCUCCUUCCGGACUACGAACAACGGAUCUCGGUGCUGAAGGACCUUGGAUUCAUUGACGAGAAAUCCAGGGUCGAGCUGAAGGGCAAAGUAGCCUGCGAGAUCCACUCUGCCGACGAACUGGUCCUCACGGAGCUGAUCUUGGAGAACGUGCUUGCAGACUUCGAGCCGGAGGAGAUCGCAGCGCUGUUGUCUGCCUUUGUCUUCCAGGAAAAGACGGAUGUUGCGCCCACGUUGACCCCGAGACUGGAGCAGGGCCAGGCCAAGAUCGUCGAGAUCUCAGAGAAGGUCAACCAGAUCCAGACGCUGCACCAAGUCAUCCUUUCUUCGGAGGACUCGAACGACUUCGUCAGUCGGCCGCGUUUCGGCAUGGUAGAGGUGGUGUACGAGUGGGCACGUGGCAUGUCCUUCAACCGCAUUACAGACCUGACGGACGUUAUGGAGGGGACAAUUGUGCGGGUGAUCACGCGGCUGGACGAGACGUGCAGAGAGGUCAAAAAUGCGGCACGCAUCAUUGGUGACCCGACGCUGUACACGAAGAUGCAGACGUGUCAGGAGCUGAUUAAGCGAGACAUUUGCAACGCAGCCAGCUUAUACCUGUAA